AUUUGAACUGUUGCCUUCUUCAUUUGAUAUAGAUUUUUUUUAAUUAAUUUCGGUUCACAGUAAAAGCUUUCGAAUGUUUCAUAUAUGGAGAGGAUGGUAUCAAAGUCAAACAUCUCAAAUGUUGCCAAUAAAACUCAGACUGAUAUUUGUUUGGAUUAUAGUGCUCCAGACCUUACUGAAACUUCAAAGGUCCUUAUUUACGGAUUUCUUAUGAUUGUCAUGGCAUUAACAAUUGCUUUAAAUAUAACUCUCAUCGUUAAAAUAAACUUGAAUCCAAAACAUAAACUAUUCACUCGUUUUUUUCUGACAUCUCUGGCAUCAGUGGAUUUAGGUGUUGGACUGAUUAUAAUGCCGUUCAAUAUCGCGGACGGGUUCUAUGACUUACGGCAUUUAUUCGGUACUAAAACAUGUGCUUUGUUUAACAGUAUGGACGUCAUGCUGUCUACAUCUUCUAUUUUACAUCUUGGCAUCCUAACAUACGAUCGUUAUAUAGCGCUUUGCAAGACAUUGUCUUAUGGAAUAAAAUGUAAUAAAAAAUCAAUGAAAAUAUUUUUCUGUCUUAACUGGAUACUAGUGACAAUUAUGUCAUUUGGAAUCAUUCUACCCGGAUACCACGAAUCAGGAAUUGAUUAUAUUGUAUUAAAUUGUAUUUAUUCUUCUGCAAAUUCAUGUGUACAUGUGUUUGGUGUUUACUAUGCCCUCAUUACUUCUGUGAUAUCAUUUUUCUUGCCAGGUGUGCUAAUUAUUUGUUUCAAUAUUCGUGUUUUUAAACAUGUAAGGUUUCAAAGUCAAUACCGAAGGAAUAUACUUGGAAUAAAGAUACGUAAAAUGAUUCGAACAGGAAGGGAGUCUCAGAGCAUGCGCGUUGCAAGGACAAUUGCUGUUCUUACUGGUUGUUUCUUUCUGUGUUGGUUGCCAUUUUUUAUAGUCAAUGUUAUAUCUGGAUUUAUCAGAUACAAAGUUCCAUUCACACUUGAAUUCAUUGUACUGUGGUUAGGAUAUUGUAAUUCAGCGAUGAAUCCGUUACUUUAUCUUCUCCUUGAGGGUAAAUCAUGUAUUGGAAAAAGCUGAAAUACCAGUUUAAAUAGUACAGUAAAUUUCAAUAGAUACUGUACAUUAUUACCAUUGAUACAAAAGGAACCAUUUACACGCAUUAAAGUAGAAAGGAAUACUACCAUGAGAUGAGGUCAUUGAUCAACACGAGUCCAUUGUGAUAGACAAUAUUCAUAAAUUAAAAUAUUGUAAGCCAUAUCUAACAAAGCACACGAAGCAGAG